CAAGGACAUUAGGGCUCUGAGACGAUCCAUAAAAAAAAAAAAAAAAUUCGAUCUUUACCCGUUCCGGAGAAAAUUGCAGUGCUCGAUGCUAAUGGAGGCUCAUCAUCUAUGGAUGGGGAGUGUAAGAUCUUUGCUUUUAACUUCGCCGCCGACAGUUCAACUCGCUUAACUUCCUUGUAAUCGGAGUUAUAUACAGAUACGUAUAACGAUGAAACUACUACAUCUCCAUUACUUGAACAAUCAGUCUCAGAGACUUGCAUUGGCGGCCCUUUUCGUUCUAUUGUUGCCGAAUAUCUUUCCCAAUUUCUUCGCUCCUUUGGGUCGUGCUUAUCCUUCCUUGUUCUCUGAAUGGAAUGCUCCAAGGCCUAAGCACUUGCGUCUACUACAGGGUGCUCUACAAUUCCAAAGUUCUGAGAAACAGCAGGCUGACCUGUGGUCUCCCUUGGCCAACCAAGGAUGGAAACCCUGCGUUGAAUCUACAUAUGUGCCUUUGCUUCCAAAGGAAUCCCAGCUGUAUAUUCAAGUAUUUCUCGAUGGAGGGCUAAACCAGCAAAGAAUGGGGAUUUGUGAUGCAGUUGCUGUUGCUAAAAUAUUAAAUGCAACACUUGUGAUUCCACACUUUGAAGUGAAUCCUGUUUGGCAAGAUUCAAGUUCAUUCACAGAUAUAUUUGAUGUUGAUCACUUUAUUAAUGUCCUGAAUGAUGAAGUCGCUAUAGUUAAAGAGCUGCCCAACAAAUACUCUUGGAGCACCAGGGAGUAUUAUGCUACAGGCAUACGAGCUACUAGAAUUAAAACAGCACCUGUCCAUGCAUCUGCUAACUGGUAUCUGGAAAAUGUUUUGCCCGUCUUGCAGAGUUAUGGAAUUGCUGCAAUAGCCCCAUUCUCUCACCGUUUGGAUUUUGACAACCUGCCUUCAGACCUCCAACACCUACGAUGUAAGGUUAACUUUCGAGCAUUAGUUUUCAUUCCCCCUAUCAGGAUGUUGGGGGAGGCACUCGUCAAUCGCCUCCGAAGCCCUCCUAGCAUAAACAGAGCAGCUGAGGCUGACCACCUGCUGGAGGGAGAAGGUGAUAAACAGGGUUCUGGAAAGUAUGUUGUGUUACAUCUUCGCUUUGACAAAGAUAUGGCUGCUCAUUCAGCUUGUGAUUUUGGUGGGGGUAAAGCUGAGAAACUGGCUCUUGCAAAAUACCGCCAAGUGAUUUGGCAGGGAAGAGUCCUGAAUUCUCAGUUCACUGAUGAAGAGUUGAGAAAUCAGGGGCGUUGUCCAUUGACUCCUGAGGAGAUUGGACUGCUAUUGGCAGCUUUGGGAUUCAAUAAUAAAACCCGCCUCUAUCUUGCUUCACACAAGGUUUAUGGUGGAGAAGCAAGGAUCUCAACGCUGCGCAAAUUGUUUCCGCUAAUGGAAGAUAAGAAAAGCAUCGCUUCUGUCGAAGAGCGGGCUAAGGUUCAAGGAAAGGCUUCUUUAUUAGCUGCUGUUGAUUAUUAUGUGAGCAUGCAAAGUGACAUCUUCAUAUCUGCUUCUCCAGGCAAUAUGCACAAUGCACUGGUAGGACAUCGAGCUUACAGAAACUUGAAGACCAUUAGACCGAAUAUGGUGUUGCUUGGCCAGGUCUUCUUAAAUAAGAACAUGGAAUGGUCAGAGUUCCAGCAAGCAGUACUGAAUGGGCAUAAAAAUAGACAUGGGCAAAUCAGGUUAAGAAAGGAGAAGCAAUCCAUAUAUACCUAUCCUGCUCCUGAUUGCAUGUGUCGAGCUUAACUGAUGCGAUCUUGGGGGGUCUCACAUGACUUGGAGAGUUUAGUUAGUGUGCUAGAAUUUGAUGGGGGAAAAAAGGAUCAUUCGAAUGAUGGAGGCAAUUUUUCUUGAAGGAAUGAUUGCUUGGAGGAACUUGUUCUUCUACUAAGACUACAAGUACCUUUUCAUAAAUAUAUUUUUGUAACUUUUUCAAGUUACAUUUGUUUUGCACCUUUUAAUUUUCUCUUUUAACAGGGUUUUUUCCAAUUCUCCAACUUUAAU